AUGGCAAUCACGUGCCAUCAGAUUUUUUACUGCCAUACACAAAGGAAACGAAAUUUACGACACUUUUGUUGUUCUUCCAAUUUAUGCAACAAAUACGACAUUACUACAUCUGCGACCAAGUUAACUAGUAAAGCAACAUCCACAAUCAAACCCUCUACAACAGUUCAAAGUGCUACGACCACUUUACACCACACUACAAUCAAUCAUAAUUAUGACUGCAAUGGUGGACAUUACUACCGAUGGAAUGGACAUGGGUACUGUAUUUUGUCCUAUACAAGCCAAUGGAAAGUUGACAGCCAUGCCCAUGACGUUGAUCCUUGUAUUCAACUGCAUAUGAAAAUGAUAACUCUGGAAACUGAUCAAGAACAUGAUGCAGUCAUCCAUUUUGUUAGAGCUAUUUAUAAAUACCAGGGUACUGUAUGGCUAGGUGCGAAAUUUUAUCCUGAAAACCAUACUCGCUGGCAUUGGCUUUAUAAUGAUCAUGGAAUAAGCGCUCAUAACUCACACUGGGAAUCACGUACGGAGGAACAGGAACAUCAAUGCCUUGGACUGCACGGAGAUAAAUGGGGGAGUGAUGACUGUACUCAGCAUUACCCUCACUUGUGUGAGAAAUCACUGUAGAACAGUACUUAAAAUAAAAAAAUAUCAGGAA